AUGGAAAGAACCAACUGGACAGACAUUGAGUUCACUUUACAGGGACUUUCUAAGUAUCCAAGAGCCGAAAAAUUCCUAUUCAUGAUGUUCUUGGUGAUGUACAUGGUGAUCCUCCUGGGGAACAGCACUUUGAUCAUCCUCACUCUCCUGGAUUCCCGCCUUCACACCCCUAUGUACUUCUUUCUCAGUAACCUUUCCUUUCUUGACAUUUUGUACACAUCCUCCUUUAUCCCCUCAACAAUGAUACACUUUCUAUCAGAGAAAAAAAACAUCUCCCUCUCUAGAUGUGUUGUUCAGAUGUCUGUCUCCUUCACCAUGGCAUCCACAGAGUGUGUACUUCUAGCAGUGAUGGCAUAUGACCGUUACGUAGCCAUCUGCAUCCCUUUGAGAUAUCCUAUCAUCAUGAGCAAGGCACUUUGUAUUCAGAUGGCAGCUCUCUCAUGGGGAUUGGGCUUUCUCAACUCAUUGACACAAACAAUUCUUGCAGUACGGUUGCCCUUCUGUGGGAAAAAUGUCAUCAAUCAUUUUGUUUGUGAAAUAUUGGCCUUUCUCAAGCUAGCUUGCACAGAUAUUUCCUUGAAUGAGAUUACUCUAAUGUUAGGCAAUGUCAUAUUUUUGUUUGUCCCAUUACUGUUGAUUUCCAUCUCCUACAUUUUCAUCCUUUCUACUGUACUAAGAAUCAAUUCAGCUGGAGGAAGAAAAAAGGCUUUUUCCACCUGCUCAGCCCACAUUACAGUGGUGACUAUGUUUUAUGGGUCAAUCCUCUUUAUGUAUAUAAAGCCAAAGUCCAAAGAUACUGCUUCUGACAAACUGAUUGCUCUCUGCUAUGGAGUAGUCACACCGAUGCUCAAUCCUAUCAUCUAUAGCCUGAGAAAUACAGAGGUGCAUGAUGCUAUAAAAAAAUUGACAGCUAGACAGUUCUGGAAGAAAGGAUGA